AUGGUGACAGCAAUGGCUGCCCAACCCCCCCCCAGCCCCGCGGGGGCGCCUGGCGGGGGUGUCACUGUGUCACCCCUGCGGGUGGCGUGGCACCCUCCCGAGGUGUCACUGGGUGUCACCGUCAUGGUGUCACCGUUCCUGGACGAUGGCGGCUACGUGCUGUACCCGCAGUGUCACACACACAGAGUGUCACAGUGUCACACAGAUGAUAUCACACAGUGUCAGACACAGAUGAUGUCACACAGGAUGUCCCCGUGUCUCCCCAGGUUCCUGGAGGCUGGCGGCUACGUGCUGUACCCUCAGAUCGGCGACCGCCUGGACCUGGUGUGCCCGGGCGGCGCGGGCUACGAGUACUACAAGCUGUACCUGGUGGGCGGGGCGCAGGCGCGGCGCUGCCAGGUGCCGCCCGCGCCCACGCUGCUGCUGACCUGCGACCGCCCCCAGCGCGACGUGCGCUUCACCAUCAAGUUCCAGGAGUUCAGCCCCAACCUCUGGGGACACGAGUUCCGCCGCCAGCACGACUAUUACAUCAUCACCACGUCGGACGGGACCCGCGAGGGGCUGGAGAACCGGCAGGGCGGGGCGUGCCUGACGCGCGCCAUGAGGGUCACCCUGCGCGUGGGACAGCGUGAGUGCCCCUCCCCCGCCCCCCCGCCUUCAACCUAA